AUGGUGAAUUCCAAAGGUGUGGACCCAAAGAAAGCUCCAAUUCAUCCAAAUGAAUGCUUCAGUCAAGUAAAUGAGAAUUAUGUUGAGGUUGUUGCUGUUGAUGACGAUGAGGAAGAUGAUGUUGUUGAGGCUAGUGGUGAGGCUUCACUUCAUAGUGUUCCCAUAUAUGAAGACAUUGGUGAUGAGUCUGCCAAAUAA